AUGUCCCUUCCAAGUACAGAUAUGUCCUACGUGCGCCUCGGAUCGUCAGGAUUGAAGGUAUCGAAAAUUAUCCUCGGUUGCACGGUAUAUGGGAGUUCCGAUUGGUACAGUUGGGUGCAAGAUGAAGAAGAGAGCAUCAAGCAGAUCAAGGCCGCUUAUGAUAUCGGAAUCAACACCUUUGAUACCGCCAAUAUAUACUCUAACGGACAAUCCGAAGUUGUAUUAGGGAAGGCCAUUAAACAACACAAUAUGCUGCGGGAGGAGAUUGUUGUAAUGACGAAGGUUUUCCACCCAGUAACACGAUCCAUGAACGAACGGAUCUCUGGUCGAGCAACAGCGCUGGCCGAUUCCAACGGAUAUGUGAACCAAUAUGGACUCAGUCGCAAGCACAUAUUUGAUUCGGUUAAGAAGAGCCUGGACCGUCUGCAACUGGACUAUAUCGACGUUCUCCACUGCCAUGAAUUUGAUUUCCAGACCCCGAUCCAUGAGACGAUGCAAGCCCUUCAUGAUGUAGUAACAGCUGGUUACGUUCGAUAUAUUGGAAUAUCGACUUGUCGCGCCUGGCAGUUCCUUGCCAUGCAAAAUUACGCGGUCGACAAUCACUUGACACCAUUCAUCGCGGUGGAAAAUGACUACAAUCUUCUCUAUCGCGAGGAUGAAAAUGAGUUGUUCCACGCCAUGAAGUAUUACGGUGUUUCUUCCUUGCCUUGGUCCACGCUUGCUCGUGGCGCUGUCACCUUACCUCUGCAUCAGCAGCCUACUCCACCUGCCAACGGGAGAACAAGGUGGAAUGAUACAGUCAUCUUAAGGCGGGUGGUCAUGCUUCUGUCUCGUUAUCAGAUUCAUCCUCCUGACCCCUCUUUCCCCAUCAGGGUUGAAGAAAUUGCGAACCAGAGAAACAUUACCAUGACGCAAGUCGCCGUUGCAUGGUCCAUUAGUCGAGAAGGUGUUUGUGCCCUAGUCAUCAAUGCAUCGUCUACUGACAAACUUUUGGAUGCGGUUGGCGGUUUGGAUGUGGUGCUUACACCUAACGAAAUACGAUAUCUGGAAGAACCUUAUAGUCCACAAAAGGUUCAUUAUUGA